CCCGACUCUCACACCUACCUACCUACCUCCCAUCCCAGUCACUUUUUCAAACUCUCUCUCUCUCUCUCUCUCUCUCUCUAAAAACCAAAUGCUCCAGCGAUUGUUGUUUACAAAUCAACCACAAUGUGGCAAGUAAUGUUAGCCGCAGCAGUAGCUGGAUCUGGGUUCUUCGCAAAACGCUUCCUCAACACCACCACCACCAAUUCCGAUGAUCCCAACAUUGAAGCUGACACAAAAUGUGAUCAAUCGAAAGAGCUUCAACAACACUUGACUACUCCUCCUUCCAAACCCCAACUUGCAAUCCAUCUCGCAUUUCAAUCAUGCAAUGACUGCAAAUCCGAGUCCGAGACGCAGAGCUCAACAGCAGUUGGUGAUGGAUCGAUAUUUAUGUUUUCGAGUCCUGUGUCGAAGGGAGGAACUGGGUCUCGAUUUGGGUCGAAGAAAUCGGGGGGAAAUAGAGAGGGGUUUAAGAUUUCUGGGUUUGAAAAAGUAGAGAGAAAAUGUGGGGGUUUUGAUCAGAGUAAGAGUGGAAAGAAAUUCGCUGUUUGCUUGAAGAAGAGGCGAACUAGCAAGAAUUCCCCCGGAAAAUGCGAAUCAUGUUCUUCCAAAGACAAUUCAACUUUCAGUUGGGGACUAGGUGUUGGAAUCAUGUGUAUGAUGUCUGCUGGGAAGGCUGAAAUCAGUAGGCUGAACACGGCAGUGGAUGAGACUACAAAAGUUGUUCAAGAAUUAAAAACUGAAUUUUCUAGAAGAAAAUCAUCACGUAAUCUGCAAGUUUCAAGUUCUAAAACUGAAAUUAGUACAAGUCCAUACAAAACUAGAGGCAAACAUACUGAACCAAUACCUCAGUCAAGCACUGAGAACAGAGACAAUGUUCAAGAUUCUGGUGUCUUUGUAACUGAAGACGGUGAAUGUGCAAGUAGUGUUCUUACAGAAGAGCCACAGCAAGAGGUGCUGGAGAUGGACCGUCUGGAAGCAGAGCUCGAGUCUGAACUGCAAAAGCUUCCUUGGUGCUCCACAGAAGCUUCUGGAUUUGAAGGAAAAAUAUCAGACAUUUGUGAGAAUGAAGAUGCUUCUUUCGAAGGAUUUUACAAACCAGAUGGCCAGACUUCUGAUUCUUGUCAAUUGAGUGGGGUGUUGCCAUCUGAACUGGAUCAGAAACUGUGCCAUUUGCUCAUCGAACAGCAAGAGAGCCAGAUUGUAGGGCUAGAGUCUGAACUGCAUUUGGCCCAAUCUAAACUCCAUGACAAAGAAGCCGAACUCCAAGCAUUGAAGGACUGCGUUAAGCGCCUUACUGAAUUUUCUCUAGCAACUGCCUCAGAUGAAGAAAGUGAAGCCCAGAAGGAAGAAGAGAAGAUUAUUGAUAAUGGGGAUUAUGAUAACAACAUGGGACCUGAGUCAAAGAGAUCAGUGGUUGGGAUGAAAAGAUCAAUGGACUUUGAACCAUACAGUUGUGACAUGAAAUGAAAUGAUAAUCAUUUUAUAUCUACCAAAAGCAAAGUGGGGAAAGGUUAGUAAACUGGCAAUCCUUGGAUGCCCUGAGAUUUCAUUUUGGGUAUACUUUUCAUAUGUGUGGGCCAUCCAUAACCAUUAAAUAUUGUAUUUAUGUAAGAAAAAUGAUGCAGACCACUAAUUAGUGGUUGCACUAGGGAUGUGGCAGUGGGUCCCACCCACUGCCACAUGUGUUUUGUGUCUUAGUUUUUGUUUUUUGUUUUUUGUUUUUUGUUUUUUGUUUUUAACUUGCCGCAUUAUUAGUGGCAGUGUUAGGGGUAGAAAUUUAGUGGUCUGUAGCAUUGUUGAUCUAUGCAAUGCACAUUGCCUGUUUCUCACUACAAUACACUUGUCCCCCUCCCUAACUUCAGUUGUAUAAACACAUUUAGGAGCUGUUUCUUUUAGUUUAUUAGUUGUAACUUUUAACUUCUAGUUUUAGUUUAAUUAGAAAUAAUAUGUUGCUUGUAAUUUAUGAUGAAAUAACUUGAGUUUAUUUCAGUU